UCAGAUUACUCAUCAGCUACUGAUUCAUCUGACUACUCAUCUGCUACUGGUUCGUCUGACUACUCCUCAGCUUCUUCUUCAGGAUUAGACUACUCAUCAGCUACUAGCUCAUUUGACUACUCAUCUGCUACUGGUUCGUCUGACUACUCAUCAGCUACUGAUCCUUCAGAUUACUCAUCUGCUACUGGUUUGUCUGACUACUCAUCAGCUACUGAUUCUUCAGAUUCCUCAUCAGCUACUGGCUCAUUUGACUACUCAUCCGCUACUGGCUCAUCUGACUACUCAUCUGCUACUGGUUCGUCUGACUACUCCUCAGCUACUGAUUCUUCAGAUUACUCAUCAGCUACUGGCUCAUUUGACUACUCAUCUGCUACUGGUUCGUCUGACUACUCAUCAGCUACUGAUCCUUCAGAUUACUCAUCUGCUACUGGUUUGUCUGACUACUCAUCAGCUACUGAUUCUUCAGAUUCCUCAUCAGCUACUGGCUCAUUUGACUACUCAUCCGCUACUGGCUCAUCUGACUACUCAUCUGCUACUAGUUCUUCAGACUACUCCUCAGCAACUACUGAUUCAUCUGACUACUCAUCUGCUACUGGUUCGUCUGACUACUCAUCAGCUACCAGCUCAUCUGACUACUCAUCCGCUACUGGCUCAUCUGAUUACUCAUCAGCUACUGAUUCUUCAGAUUACUCAUCAGCUACUGAUUCUUCAGACUACUCCUCAGCUACUACUGAUUCUUCAGACUACUCCUCAGCUACUACUGAUUCAUCUGACUACUCGUCAGCUACUGAUUCUUCAGACUACUCAUCCGCUACUGGCUCAUCUGACUACUCAUCUACUGGUUCGUCUGACUACUCCUCAGCUACUUCUUCAGGAUUAGACUACUCCUCAGCUACUAGCUCAUCUGACUACUCAUCUGCUACUAGUUCUUCAGACUACUCCUCAGCAACUACUGAUUCAUCUGACUACUCAUCAGCUACUAGCUCAUCUGACUACUCAUCUGCUACUGGUUCGUCUGACCACUCAUCCGCUACUGGCUCAUCUGACUACUCAUCUGCUACUGGUUUAUCUGAGCACUCUUCACCAACUGCUACUGGACCAUCUAGCUAUUUGUCAACUGCUGCCUACACCGGUGCUAGUGGUAUCUCUUCUACAGUGACUAAUGAUGUUUCAAGCUCAUCUUCCUACUUACCUAGCCUGAUUAUUAGUAGCUUACCAACUGCUGUAGGAUGCUCUUAUAAUGGAGGUGUCGGUAUUGGAUUCGAAGCUUAUUAUUAUAAUUACACUGUUCCAGUUGAAAUAACAACGUACAUUGAGGGUGGAUACAAAGCUAAUAAAGUAUUGAAGACGGUCGAUGGAGUUGUUGAUUGUGAAUCAACAGUAAGCGAUAUAGUCACUUUAGAUUUGGAAGGUUACUUUUUAGCUCCUGAGUCUGGAAGCUACACCUUUGAAUUGAGCAAUAUCGCAAAUGCAGCCGCAUUCUUCAUUGGAGCUGCAGAUUCUUCUUCUUGUGGAGGUACCUCAGGUUCAUUGCAAAAAAGGGCCUCUACAAAUUCGUUAAUCAUUGAAGGGCCCUUAGGCAGUAAUAAAAUUACAGUUGAGCUUGUCGAAGGGGUUUAUUAUCCUAUAAGUAUUGUCAACAACUACCUUGGAGAAGAUGAAUAUAUAGUAUUCACUAUGACUGGCCCUCAUGGGCAAAAUCUUACAAUUAGAGAGACGAUUGUAUAUUUCACUCAUGGAACAAGCACUGAAAACUCAUCAUCGAUUUCAGACUCUCAAACGCUUUCAACUAUUGCUAGUCUUUCAAGCAAUAUCUUGGCUUCAUCUACAUUGGCUACAAUAAGUAGUGGCACAAUUAGCAACAGCGUUUCAUAUUCUUCUGGCACGUCCAGUAGCUCAGCUGUUGUCCCCACUACAUUCAAUUUCGUUAGUGGGUGGAAUUCAUCGUCCACCUUACAACCAUCAACCGAGACUUCUACUUCUUUACAAAGUGAUACAACUUCGACACUGAAAUUUCCCUCAUCUAUCGAAAUCACCCAUGAUAUCUCCACUAAUACUGACAGUCUCAACACUAAAUCGACUAGCACCUUUCCAACUAGCUUUAUAACCCCAUCAAUAAGUACACCAAGAGUUGAUUAUCUGGCCCCAUCAUCAAGUUGGGUCACUAGAAUGACAUCAUUUCCAACUAAAAGUAAUGCUAUAUACCCUACUGAAUCAGCAAAGAAAGAGACAGAAGGAAUCAGUACAAGAAGUCAAGAAGACAGCUACACAACGAAUAGUGCAGAAUCUUCUACCACUGUGGUCAGUGUAUCGACAUCUUCAUUGUCAAAUACUUACAGUAAACCAUUGGACGGUAAUACCCCAGUGGUUUCUGCAACUACAGUCUCUACGCUUACAAAAGAGGUAGAUACAAAUUCGUCCAUGCAAGCAAGUAGUGGAAAUGGUAAUAACCUCGACUCUCAUUCUACUACUAUGGAAACUGUAACUUCAUACCCAUCAAGCAUAUCAAUGGCGACAGCUUCAACUGAGCCAGAAGCUAGUGCCAGCUCAAUUAUACCAAGUGCCAACGUAUCUCAAAUAUAUUCAGGCUCCGCUAAGAGAAACAUGGCUACGUCAUUAAUUUUCAUACUUCCAUUCUUUUUCGUGUGA